AUGCGUUGCGCAAGACACUUACUGGCAAGACCAUCACGCUUGAGGUCGAGUCCAGCGAAAUCCAAGAUCCAGGACAAGGAGGGCAUUCCGCCCGAACAGCAGCGCCUGAUCUUCGCCGGCAAGCAACUCGAUGAUGGCCGCACCAGGUCCGACUACAACAUCCAGAAGGACUCGACCCUGCACCCGGUCAUCCACCUGCGUGGCGGCAUGCAGAUUUUCAUGAAGACACUUACUGUCAAGACGAUCACGCUGGAGGACAAGGAAGGGAUCACAUCCGACCAGCAGCGCCUGAUCUUUGCGGGCAAGCAGCUGGAGGACGGCCGCACCAGGUCCGACUACAACAUCCAGAAGGAAUCGACGCUCCAUCUCGUGCCCCGCCUCCGCGGCGGCAUGCAGAUUCUCGCGAAUUGCGGCUUCGUCCCCGUUGGCCCCGUGGCCCUUUGUGUCAAGCAGCAACUUUCCAUGAUUCACGAGGUCAGCAGCCAGCGUCACUGGUCAGAACCGUUUCGUCUCGGCCAGGAAGGUCUGCAGAACAGCUCAUGGUUUGGGAUGUCUGCUUCUACAAAGGGAGAGCUUCUGCCUGGUACUUCCGGAACUGAUUUUGAAACCACCUUCCGCGUGUCUUGCAUUUGUCGCAUGUUGGACUGGAUCGUUUUGGACGGCCCGCUCAAUGUGCCUUGCAGUGUUCCACGAGACUCGUCGCGGCACUACACGUGGGCCGAUGUCAAAGAAGCCGCUGCGGCGUUUGGAGGCGGUCUACGCAACCUCCGGGACCGGGGGAAGGGCGACGUGCUGAACAUCUACGCAUCCAACGACGUCGACUUUACCCCCAUCCUAUCCAACUCUGGGUCCAAGGCGAUCGUGACGGCGACGGACUUCCUGCCCACGGCCCUAAAGGCGGCCAAGAUGUCCAACAUCCCCGAGGACCGCGUGAUCCUGCUGGGUAGUAAACGCGAUCCGUCGCACCGGGUCAAGCACUGGACCAGCAUCUUAUGGAAAGUAUUGAUCAAAGUCUACAUUCCGCCAGCUGGGUCGGUCCAGCACCCCAAUCCCGCGGCAAUUGCUCCAGUGAGAGGCAUAGCAGCGUGCCUAUUCCCGCCGAGCAUCCAAAACAACAUGGGCAGUCCGUUCCAGUCCCUGCCGAACAACAGCGCUCUUCCCGUGUCUCUACCCAUCGCGCUAUACACGUUGUUCCGCAAGAACAUCAACCAGAUCACGGCGGGGAUCGCCUACGACCCGGCGAGCACGGAUUCACAGUGCAUCGUGGCCAUCAUCAUGAUGGCGGCCAGAUACUCCCUCUACUUUAGUGGUGGACGCCCCGUGAGCAUUUCUUUUCAGAUCGGCCUGCACCGGGACGGCAAGGUCCCGGUGAAUGCGUCUCUCCAGCGCCGAAUAUGGCAGUCACUAGUGGCCCGGGAUUGCUGCAUCAGUGUCGCGCAUGGCAGGCCUCGUGCUGUCAAGCUCUACGACAGCGAUGUUCCCAUGCCCUGCGAGUCCGACUUCCGGGCAUCAGGCCUGGCGAUGCGCGGCGUCUGCAUGGUCAGCGACGUGUACCUGGACAGCUUGAUGCGCCGGUACGACAGACAUCGAGGUCAAGUACAUCCCGGUCUGAUCGAGAGGCCCUACACCAAAAGGCACACACAGAGCGACACGACCGACCACAUGCUCCAAAACCCACGCAGGCAGACAUGCGCAGCGCCACGCCUAUACGCCAGGACGAACGGCUACCCGAACACCGACGGAUACUGCCCUACGACCCUGGUCCACUGCGUGUGCUGGGACGCCUGCAUGAUCAGCGGCAUUGUCUACAUGUACUUCCAGGAGGUAAAUGACUACGACCCCAAGGUCUCGGUGCUGGUGAUUGAAGCUGGUAUCAAGAACGUCGAUGCUCCUGUUGCUCCUCCAGGUACCGAACUUCCAUGA